CAACACUCUCAAAAGUACAUAGCAUCAUCGAUAUCAAAAACCAUCAAGCAAGAAGGAAAGCGAAUGAGAUUGGUUUUACAAAAAGUUAAUCGUUUGGUCAGACCCAGUUCCAAGCUCAAUCAUCUUACUACACACAGCAAUCCAUUGACCAAUUUGGUGAAAUCGUUCAGUACAAAACCUAGUUUAAGAAUGCGAGUGGUACCAGUACCAGUUCGAAGUGAUAAUUAUGCAUACCUUUUGAUAGAUGACAAAACCAAUACCGCAGCAGUUGUAGAUCCUUAUGAUCCUGAAAAAGUCAUGAAGAUGGCAUCUCAAGAAAAGGUCGAAUUGUCGGGAACGAUUCUGACAACUCAUCAUCAUGAAGAUCAUUCAGGUGGAAAUGCAGAGUUCCAAAAAAGGAUGGGCGAUCAUUGUAAAGUAUAUGGUGGUAGUAAUCAAAUUCCAAAAUUAACCAAUAAAGUAGGAGAUAAAGAUCAAUUCAAGAUUGGUGAAGAUAUUCAAGUGACUUGUUUGGCUACACCUUGUCAUACUCAAGAUAGUAUCUGUUUUUAUAUUGAAGAUGUGAAGAAAAACCAACGUGGAGUCUUUACUGGUGACACUCUCUUUGUUUCAGGUUGUGGAAGGUUCUUUGAAGGUACUCCUGAAGAAAUGGAUCAUGCUUUAAAUAAACAACUUGGAUCCUUACCAUCGGAUACAAUCACAUAUGUAGGACAUGAAUAUACCAAAUCUAAUGUUGCUUUCUCAGCAUCGAUUGAACCGAAGAAUCAAGCUAUUCUAAAGCUUAAAGAAUUUUGUCAAUCCAAUUCAGUUACUACAGGCAAAUUUACCAUUGGGGAUGAAAAGAACUUCAAUGUUUUCAUGAGACUCAAUGAACCUGAAGUGAUUAAAUCUACUGAUAUGAAAUCAGAAAUUGAUGUGAUGAAAAAACUAAGAGAGAUGAAAAAUUCUUUCAAAGGUUAAAAUAUAAUUCCAUAGACUUUUUUCUUCUUUAUUCCAGAUGUACGAUCCUACAUUAUUUAACAUCCUUCCUUGAAUCAUUCAUCCACCUAAAAAUAAGACUUGAAAGAAUUUUGAUCAUCAACAGAGAAGAAUUUGACUUACUAACUAAGAUUUGUAUCUGUGGGUUAUGUAAACCGUACUCUCUUCUGUUUGUUUGCUUUUCACCAUGUUCGUGUUGUACUCAGUGUUGUGCUAAUCAAGUCAGAUCCGAAUGAUACUGAGCUUCGGCUUUCU